CCGUCAAGUUCUAAAUCGUCUUCCGUCUCUCUAUACCUAGGACUUUUUAGAAUCUAGGAGACAUUCGAGCAAACAAGCAAGUAAAACUUUCGUCGUUUCCCCAAACAUGGCAAAGUCACGAGAUGGUUGGCAAUGGACAAGCCAUGAAGGAAUCAAGGCUGGCCUGCCGUGUGCAGGAGUCAUCCACCCUCCACAAAGUGUCAAGAACUUUGACAAGGUCUAUGAUGUUGUGAUAAUUGGCGCGGGAUACACCGGCCUUACUGCUGCACGCGAUCUAACUGCUGCCGGUUUCCAGACUCUGCUGCUCGAAGGCCGGGACCGAAUCGGAGGUCGAACAUGGUCAUCUGAAAUUGAUGGGUACCAGUUCGAGAUGGGUGGAACAUGGGUACACUGGUUCCAACCUCAUGUUUACCGUGAGAUCUCCCGUUACGGAAUGAAAAAUGAACUGGCCUUCUCUCCCGACUACACUCAUAAGAAAAACUAUUUCAGCUUUGUGACGGAGCAUGGGGCCAGGAAUAUGAGCCACGAGGAAGAGAUUGCACUCUUCAGUCGUGCGGUCGAAAAGUUCGCCAAUGUUGACGGUAACCUUGGCAAGAGCGUCAUGCCUCUGCCCUUCGACCAGUAUUCGAACGAGACUGUCUAUAGUCACGCGACCAUGUCGGUUGCAGACCGACUCGAGCAAAUCAAGAACGAUCUGACAGAUGACGAACGCAACGCCAUCUCGGCUGUUGUCCUGGUCUGCAGCGGCGGCACUCGAGAGAACUCGUCAUUCUUGGACUUUCUUCGUUGGUGGGCUGCCGGCAACUACAACUACCCAACCUUGCUGGAGACAGUCUUGGGCAUAAAACUUAAGUGCGGACAGUCUGCUUUUGCGCUUCGGUUUUUCCAAGAAGCCUGGAGCUCGAGACGACUGUCUUAUUCGUUCAACACAGUCGUCACCCAGGUUGACUCCUCCUCGCGUGACAUGGUCACGCUGGACAGUCGGGACGGCCUUACAUUCCGUGCAAAGCGCGUGAUAUGCACGGUCCCCUUGAACGUGUUGAACAAAGUACGCUUCCAUCCUUCACUAAGCCGAGCCAAGUUGGACGCUAUAAGACACAAGCAUGUAAAUCAAUGCACCAAGCUUCAUGCAGAAAUCAAGGACGCCGAAAUGCGAUCCUGGGGUGGAGUUACGUACCCGAACAACAGGCUCCUCUUGGGCGCUGCGGACGGCACCACACCCUCUGGGAAUACGCACUGUGUCUUCUUCGGCUGCUCCGAAAACCACAUACACGCGGAAGACGACAUUGACGAGACACUCAAAGCCGUCAACGCGUUUGCCGAAAUGGACGUCGAACGCCUGGUCUCACACAAUUGGUCAAAGGAUGAGUUUGCAGAAGGAGCGUGGGUGUGGUAUCAACCCGGCGCAGAAGCCAAAUAUCUCGGGACCUUGAGGGAGAGGCAUGGACCUGUUCUGUUUGCUAAUUCCGACUGGGCGGAUGGUGGCUGGCGCAGUUUUAUCGACGGUGCGAUCCAGUCCGGGACGGAGGCCGCAUUCACUGUUAAGAAUGAGCUACGGGGUGCACAGAGGGAGUCAUCUAUAAAAUCCAAAGAUGACGAGUGACCAGAGGGCGAGAUGCCUACAUAAUAGAGCCAAAGAACAGAACAGACUUUAAAGAUUCAUCUUCGUAACAUACCGGAGCACAAUCUCACGCUUAUUGGUCUCUGC